UUAAAAUUAGUUUUUCUUUAGCAAGCCUAGGUGUAAUAAAGUUUUUGUUUUUGUUAAAUUGUUUUUUCCAAACUUCUUAAAAUCAUUCAAACUUUUAAAUUUUAAUUUAUUUAUUUUAUAUUAUUUUUAAUUUUAGUGGGUAGCUUUUUGUUUGCUUUCAAUUUUGAUUGCUCAAUCAUUAGCGAAAAAGAAAAACUCAAAGGAUGUUAAUCAUAAAUCUGAAAAAUCUUUAACAACUCAACGUGUUUCUGUUGUAAAUACACCUUCAGAAGCGAAUUCUAAAAUAAUUGAAACAACAACUACUUUAAAACCAACAGCACAAAGACGUAAAAGAGGUUCAAGACAUAAGGUUAUUCAUAUUGUUGAUGCUACAUCAAAACGUAAUCGAAAAAAUCGUAAUUCAAAACCAUUUCAACCACCAUUACCAUUAAAAUAUUCUGAUUCUGAUACUGAACAAACAUCUCAUGAAACUGUAACUCAUACUGAUGAAAUAUCAACUCAUACAUCAUAUGCUGAUGAAGCACCAACUAUGCUAUCUGAUGAAGCCAAAAAUCAUAUUGAAAAAAGUUAUGAAUUAAAUAAAGUUCCAUCUGGACCAGAUUUUGAACAUGUUCAUUCACAUCAAUUUGAUGAAAUACAACCGCAAGCCAGUCAUCAUCAUGGAAUUGAAGUUCAUAAGGAAAAAGUUAAAGUAAAACAUCAUCAUCAUCAUCAUCAUCAUAAUCAUGUUAAAGAAAUUAUUAAAAAAGUUCCAGAACCGUAUCCAGUUGAAAAAAUCGUUCAUGUACCAAAACCAUAUGCUGUUGAGAAAAUUGUUGAAAAGAAAGUUCCAUAUCCAGUUGAAAAAAUUGUUGAAAAGAAAGUUCCAGUUGAGAAAAUUGUUGAAAAAAUUGUUCAUGUUCCAGUUGAAAAAAUUGUUGAAAAAAAAGUUCCAUACCCAGUAGAAAAAAUUAUUGAAAAGAAAAUUCCAUAUCCUGUAGAGAAAAUUGUUCAUAUUCCUGUAGAAAAACUUGUACAUGUUCCACAACCUUAUCCUGUAGAAAAAAUAGUUGAGAAGAAAGUACCGUAUCCAGUUGAAAAAAUUGUAGAAAAGAAAGUUCCAUAUGAAAAAAUUGUUGAAAAAAUUGUUCAUGUUCCGGUUGAAAAAAUUGUUGAAAAAAAGGUACCAUAUCCAGUAGAAAAAAUUGUUGAAAAGAAAGUCCCGUAUCCAGUUGAAAAAAUCGUUCAUGUUCCAGUUGAAAAAAUUGUCGAAAAAGUUGUUCAUGUUCCUGUUGAAAAAAUUGUUGAGAAACCAAUUCAUAUUGAAAAAAAGAUACCAUAUCCAGUUGAAAAAAUAGUCCAUGUUCCUGUCGAAAAAAUUGUAGAAAAGGUUGUACAUGUUCCAGUCGAGAAAAUAGUUCAUGUUCCAAAACCAUACCCAGUUGAAAAAAUUAUUGAAAAAAAAGUUCCAUAUCCAGUUGAAAAAAUUGUUCAUGUUCCAGUAGAAAAAAUUGUUGAAAAGAUUAUUGAAGUUCCAAAACCUUAUCCAGUUAGAGUACCAGUUCAUAUCCAUGUUCCAAAACCAUAUCCAGUAGAAAAGAAAGUACCAGUACCAUAUAAAGUUGAAGUUGAAAAGAAAGUACCGAUUUUCAUUCAUCAUAAGGAACCAGAACAUCAUCAAAGCUUUGAUGGCGAUUAUGGUGAUGGACAUCAUAUUAAUUAUGAAGUUCAUUCACCAUCAAAUGAUCAUACUGGAAGUGGCUAUGGAUCUAAAGAUACAAGUAGUGCUCCCUCUUCAUAUAUUUUUCAUAGCGACUUACCACGCACUUUAAAAUUACAAAAACAUAAAAAUUUAAGAGAACUUAAAGCUAAAUUAAAAGCUCAACUAGAUAGUCAAUCAAUUAAUAAUUUUGGAGUUAAUAAUUCAGCUUCGUCAAUUGUAUACGGCAAUCGUCAUAAUUAUCAAACAGAUAAUAUAAAUAAAAUUAAUUUGUAUAAUAAAUCAAAUCAGAAUAUUAGUGAUAGUUCUAGCAGUAGUUCAAAUAAUAAUCCUCAAACAACAUGGCAGGAUACAUAUCAAGAUUAUAAUAUUGAAGAAAGUGCUCCCCAGCCAGUUGCUGUUCGAAGAGAAUCUAGUGAAAUUGGUAAUUCAAAUAAUGCUGGUAAAUUACAAAUAAAUGUUCCUGAUCAAGAACCAGCAAUUCUACCAAAACCGGAAGCAUUAGUACAAGAACAAAAUCAUGAAGAGAAUCAGCAAAAAAUGCAAAUUGAGCCAUCACAUAUUCAAUAUCAAUAUAUUCCAAUACAACCAUUACCAUUUCAACCACAAUCAGUUGGUGUAGUUGGACAAAUAGGUGCACCACAUUUCAUAUUUGGUAAUUUUCAACCUGCUGAGGCAACAGUAUAGGAAAAAUAUUUAAAUUUUUUAAAUUAUUAAUUUCAUAGUAAUCAUAAUAUAGUAGUAUAUUGAGAUUUUAUAUAACAAUUUAGUUGGAAAAAAAAAAUAUGAAUUUAUAUGCAAGUUGUUAAAUAUUUUAGUUUAAUAUCGUAC